GGCAUGCCUUUCAUGUAGAGCUGAGCGCUGCACCGAGAGUCGAGGACCAGUGAGGCUAACUUAAGGAUAGGCAGGAGACAAAGAUAGGACACAAAGUUUUGGCUGGGGACAAGACGCCUGGAUACGUAAUAGAACAAGGGAAAUACUCUGGUUCUACUACUGAUUGUAUCGAGGUUGUAGUCCUACCACCAUGGCUGACCCUCCGCUGUCGUCCUACAUCAUGGACGAGGAGACCCUGAAGAGGAAGCAGAAGGAGAAGCUGAAGAAGUUGAUGGCUACAGGAGGAAACCCUCGGCCUCUCCGCUCACUCUUCUUCCUCAGCCUUAAGAACCCCAUCCGCCGGGCCAGCAUCAACAUUGUGGAGUGGAAACCUUUUGAAAUCAUCAUCUUACUUGCCAUCUUCGCCAAUUGUGUGGCUCUAGCUGUGUAUUUGCCGAUGCCAGAGGAAGACAGCAACAAUACCAACAGUAACUUGGAAAGUCUGGAGUACAUUUUCCUCCUCAUCUUCUCAGUGGAAUGCUUCCUGAAGAUAGUGGCCUAUGGCUUCCUUUUUCACGCAGAUGCAUACUUAAGAAAUUGCUGGAAUAUAUUAGAUUUUGUUUGUGUGUCUGUUGGGUUGUUUUCAGUAGCAAUGGAUGCUAUUAACCACUUAAGUGGAGUGGAGGCUCAGGUUGGAGAGAAAGGCGGUGGGUUUGACAUGAAAGCACUCCGAGCGUUCAGAGUCCUGCGACCACUCAGACUGGUCUCCGGAGUCCCAAGCCUGCAGGUGGUGAUGAAUUCCAUUAUGAAGUCAAUGCUGCCUCUGUUCCACAUCACACUCCUUGUCUUCUUCAUGGUCACCAUCUACUCAAUCAUGGGUCUGGAACUCUUUAAGUGCAAGAUGCACAAGACCUGCUAUUACACAGGCACAAAUAUUAUUGCAACGGUGGAGAACGAGAAGGCUUCUCCGUGUGCACAGGCAGGAAACGGACGCCGAUGUACCAUCAACGGUACAGAAUGUCGAGCUGGCUGGCCAGGCCCAAACAAUGGCAUCACCCACUUUGACAACCUCGGCUUCUCCAUGCUCACUGUCUACCAGUGCAUUACGACUCAAGGGUGGACUGACGUCCUCUACUGGGUAAACGAUGCCAUCGGAAUGGAGUGGUCCUGGAUUUAUUUCACCACGUUGAUCUUGGUCGGGUCCUACUUUGUACUCAACCUGGUUCUAGGAGUGCUUAGUGGUGAGUUUACGAAGGAGCGAGAGAAGGCCAAGUCCCGUGGAGAAUUCCAGAUACUCAGGGAGACACAACAGUUGGAUGAAGAUCUGAAGGGCUACAUGGAGUGGAUAACUCAGGCAGAGGUGAUUGACAAUGACCAGGAGGGCCAAGGUCUGCUCCCCCUAGAAGAUGGAGGAUCAGAGGCAGAUAGUUUCAGUAAAAUGGACACCAUGCACCGGAUCAUUUUCUACUAUAAACGCGCUCGCAGAUGGAACCAUUUCUGCAGAAGAAAAUGCCGGAUGUAUGUAAAGUCCAAGCUCUUCACCUGGUGGGUAAUCCUGCUGGUUUUCCUCAACACACUGGCUGUUGCAACUGAGCAUCAUCAGCAGUCAAAGAGUCUCACCGAUUGGCAAGGUACUUCCAACAAGCUUCUGCUGUCCAUGUUUGCCAUUGAGAUGUUGAUGAAGAUGUAUGCACUGGGGCUUCCCUCCUACUUCAUGUCACUGUUCAACCGCUUCGACUGCUUUGUUGUGACCACUGGCAUCUUGGAGCUAAUCCUGGUCCGGAUGAACAUCAUGUCUGCUAUGGGGAUUUCUGUGCUACGUUGCAUCAGACUGCUACGCCUUCUCAAAGUCACUAAGUACUGGACAACCCUCAGUAACCUGGUUGCAUCCCUGCUGAAUUCAAUGAGAUCAAUUGCCUGCUUGCUGCUUCUCCUCUUCCUCUUCAUUGUCAUAUUUUCAUUGCUGGGGAUGCAGGUGUUUGGAGGGAAAUUCAACUUUUCCAACCAACCCAAACCACGUAGCACAUUUGACAGCUUUCCUCAGGCCCUCAUCAGUGUAUUCCAGAUCUUGACAGGAGAGGACUGGAACUUGAUAAUGUACGACGGCAUCAUGGCCUAUGGUGGACCUAGCAUGCCUGGGAUACUAGUUAGCAUUUACUUCAUUAUCCUCUUCAUCUGUGGAAAUUUCAUCCUGCUGAACGUCUUCCUGGCCAUUGCCGUGGAUAACUUGGCCGAGGCUGAAUCUCUGACGUCGGCUCAGAAGGAAAAGGCAGAAGAGAAGAAACGCAAGAAAGUGCUCUCGGCCAACAUGCCUGACAAAGCUGCCGAGGAGAAAGCCUUUCUGGCCAAGAAACUGGCAGAUCAAAGAGCCAAGGGCAUAGAGGGGAUCCCUACCACUGCAAAGCUCAAAAUCGAUGAGUUUGAGUCCAACGUCAAUGAAAUCAAAGACCCGUUUCCUCCUGCAGACUUCCCUGGUGACGAUGAGGAGGAAGACCCUGACAUCCCUGAGAGCCCCAGGCCCCGCCCCAUGGCCGACUUGCAGCUGAAGGAGGAGGCUGUGCCCAUGCCAGAGGCCAGCUCAUUCUUCAUCUUCGGCCCCCAGAACAAGUUUCGUAAACUGUGCCAUCGCAUCAUCAAUGCCACCACUUUCACCAACAUCAUCCUGCUCUUCAUUCUCCUGUCCUCCAUCUCACUGGCGGCUGAGGACCCCAUUGAUCCCAUGUCCUUCAGAAACCAGGUGUUGGCCUAUGCUGAUAUCGUCUUCACUUCAGUAUUCACUGCAGAGAUUGUGCUCAAGAUGACCACAUAUGGAGCCAUUCUACAUCAAGGCUCCUUCUGCAGAAACUCUUUUAACAUCCUGGACUUACUCGUCGUCAGUGUCUCCCUUCUGUCAAUGGGCAUGGAAUCCAGUGCCAUUUCUGUGGUUAAAAUCCUUAGAGUGUUGAGGGUACUGAGACCUCUGAGGGCCAUAAACAGAGCCAAGGGACUCAAGCAUGUGGUGCAGUGUGUCUUUGUGGCCAUUAAGACCAUCGGAAACAUUGUCCUUGUUACCAUGCUGCUUGACUUCAUGUUCGCCUGCAUUGGAGUGCAGCUCUUCAAGGGAAAGUUCUAUUCAUGCACAGAUCCUGAUCAGUUAACUGAGUUAACAUGCAAAGGCUGGUACGUUAGAUACGAAGAGGGAGCCCUACAUGAGAUGGAGAUCCGAAAGAGGAACUGGGUCAACUCAGAGCUCAACUUUGACAACAUCCUGAAUGGGAUGCUGGCUUUAUUCACUAUCUCCACCUUUGAGGGGUGGCCAAAGAUUCUGUACAAGGCCAUUGAUUCUAACCUGGAGGACACCGGCCCAGUGUACAAUAACCGCGUGGCCAUCUCCAUCUUCUUCAUCAUCUAUAUCAUCCUGAUUGCCUUCUUCAUGAUGAACAUCUUUGUGGGCUUCGUCAUCGUCACUUUCCAGGAGCAGGGGGAACAGGAGUACAAGAACUGUGAGCUGGACAAGAACCAGCGCCAGUGUGUGCAGUACGCGCUGAAGGCGCGCCCGCUGCGAUGCUACAUUCCCAAGAACCCUUACCAGUACCAGGUCUGGUACAUCGUCACCUCCUGCUACUUUGAGUACCUCAUGUUCCUCCUGAUUAUGCUCAACACCAUGUGCCUGGGAACACAGCAUUGUAACCAGUCGGAACAUGUGACCCAUCUGUCAGACAUGCUGAAUGUGAUUUUCACUGUUCUCUUUACCGUGGAAAUGAUCCUUAAACUAAUGGCCUUCAAAGCCAAGGGUUAUUUUGGAGACCCUUGGAACGUCUUUGACUUUGUGAUCGUGAUUGGCAGCGUGGUGGACGUGACCCUCAGUGAGGUUGAUGCCGCGCUAGCUUCUUCGGGAGGGCUUUACUGCCUCCAUGGCUGUAUGGAAGUGGAUCCAAUGCAGGCAAUUGCAUCCAAGGAGAACAUGAGUGUGUCCAUCACUUUCUUCAGACUGUUCCGCGUCAUGCGUCUCGUUAAGUUGCUCAAUCGCUCUGAGGGCAUACGGAACCUGCUGUGGACAUUCAUCAAGUCUUUCCAGGCAUUGCCCUACGUAGCCUUGCUCAUUCUGAUGCUGUUCUUCAUCUACGCUGUGGUUGGAAUGCAGAUAUUUGGGAAAAUUGCCUUGGUAGAUGGCACAUAUAUCAACAGGAAUAACAACUUCCAGACCUUCCCACAAGCUGUGCUACUACUGUUUAGGUGUGCCACUGGGGAGGCCUGGCACGAGGUCAUGUUGGCCUGCAUGUAUGGGAAGAGGUGCGACCCCAAGUCAGACUACCUACCGGGGGAGGAGAACACCUGCGGAGCCAACUUUGCCAUCAUAUAUUUCAUGAGUUUCUACAUGCUAUGUGCUUUCCUGAUCAUCAACCUAUUUGUGGCUGUUAUUAUGGACAACUUUGAUUACUUGACACGUGAUUGGUCGAUUCUUGGACCCCAACACCUGGAUGAGUUCAAGAAGAUCUGGGCAGAAUACGACCCUGAGGCCACGGGACGGAUAAAGCACCUUGAUGUGGUCACCUUGCUGCGGAGGAUCCCUCCUCCUCUGGGCUUUGGCAAAUUCUGUCCACAUCGGAUUGCCUGCAAGAGACUGGUCUCCAUGAACAUGCCUCUGAACAGUGAUGGAACGGUCACCUUCAAUGCCACGCUGUUUGCAUUGGUCCGGACUGCACUGAAGAUCAAGACUGAAGGUAACUUUGAACAAGCCAAUGAGGAACUACGGGCCAUCAUCAAGAAGAUCUGGAAACGCACCAGCAUGAAGCUCUUGGAUCAGGUCAUCCCACCAAUAGGAGAUGACGAGGUCACCGUUGGCAAGUUCUACGCAACCUUCCUGAUUCAGGAUUAUUUUAGAAAGAUGAAGAAGAGACAGGAAGAAUACUACGGCUUCAGACCAGACAAAACAAAGGCAUCAAAUGAGAUCCAGGCUGGCCUAAGGAACAUAGAGGAGGAGGCUGCUCCAGAACUCACCAGAACAAUAUCAGGGCUGCUGCUCAAUGAGGAGGAGCUCAACGAGACAGACGAAGGAGCAAUCUUCAGGCGCCAAGGAGGCCUGUUUGGCGAGCCUGCUGGGUUUUUCUCCAAACAAAAUGAGACUGACAACAACCACCAAGUGACCAACCAACGACCCCUUCAGAUGUCGGAGAGUCAACAAUAACCACAUCCACAGCCCGAGUAACACUCGGGCACAUUCAAUCUAUUGAAUGUGAUCAUAUUUACUUUAUAAUGAUUCUAAUUCCCAGCAGCUAGCAUGGUACCGUAAUGAGCUAAGUCUGACUUUUCCAGGCAAAGGUGCUUUACCUCAUCAAGCAUCAGCCUUAUGAGCCAAUGUUUUUUAUUAAUAAUGGAAGGCCCUCAGUGUUUUCUGUUUUAACAUUCACUUACAAAACGGGUUCCCUGUCAUAGGUUGAAGUUUUUUAUUUCAUGAUAGAGUUCAUUGUCAUAUUUUCUUUUGAGAAUAUCUCAAGACAAAAUACCUGAUUCAGGUUGGCUCUUCAAGUAAUAUUCCUGUAAAGUCAUGUUGAACUGACUCUUAGUUGGUUCUACAAAUAUAAAAUCCUUAAUGUUUUUUGCAAGAAAAAUAUCAUUUGUAUUGAACAGACAACCACAUCUAAUGUAAUUCCCCGGCACUGUGAGGUUUGUUAAUCGUAUACAAACUUGUACCGGUACUCGUUUUAAGGCUUGUUUAGUGGAAAAACUCAACAGAGCCGGAGAAAAACACCCGGUAAACAAAUGAUGAGUAAAUAAUGAAUGGAAAUGAU